AAGUAGUAACUAUAUUAAACCAACCUAAUACUUUACUUUCUCAAAUUUUUUCUUUUCUUUUAUUAUCAUUUUUUGGGGCAGAAAAAAAAAGAAAAGAAAAAGAAAAUUUUCCUCAGGUUCUCAGGGGGUUUUGACAAAUGGGUCACUGUACCUUGUGAUUCAUGCUUGUCUCAGAUUCAAAAUUUCUUCGCUUCAAAGAGACUUUCUUUAGAAAGGGUUUUCAGUUUCUACCGGAGAGCUAAAUUUGACCGUUACAAAGCUUGUUGAAAUCUCAUUUAACAGUAGAUCCAUGGAGACCUGGAAAGUUGAAUUUUACUCUUCAGUGUCCUUUCCCAGUAGUUUGAAUUUCUGAUAGGUUUCUGGUUUUGGUUAUUCAAUGUGACCUAAAUUUCAUCUUUUGGUUCCUUUUUGUUUAUGCGUAAAGAAAUGCUGGUGAAAGUGUAUAUGAGCGUUGUUUUUUACCUUUUAAAGUUAAUUCAUCUUGCUGUUUAUCGUGACUAUUUGGAGUUAUUUUGGGUUAUCAUGUUAAAUUUUUAUCUUGAGAAAUUAGCAUUUUGAGGCUUUAGGCUGUUAAGAAAAAGAAACUGGUGAAAUUACGCUGGCUUGUUGCACGGUGAUUAUAUGUAGAUAUAAAUGUUACUGUUAUUGGGAAAUUGAGUUUUUCGACUGCAUUCUCUAGAUGAAAUAGUAUGUUGAAUAAGUUAGGUUCUUUGUAUGUGAGGUAUAAAGUUCAAGCAUAAUAUGAUGAUACUGUUAUUGUUACUCAUAACUAGUUUGUGGAGUUGUGAUCUGCCGAAGAAGAAAUAAAAGUGUUGCUUUUCAUAUAUUUAGGAGAUAUAUUGUUGCUAUGAUUGAACCUUCUGGCUAUUCUAUGUCUAGAAUGUUGGGCAUUGACUGUUUUUGGUGAAGGUUACGGUGCAUUAGAAUUAUGAUGGAAAAUUGUUAAUGCAAUUCUCUUCUUGAUUUUUGCCUUGAUUCAAUUCCACAGUCCAAAUUAGGUGAAGGACGAUAGAGAGAAACAAAAAAAGAACCAUGUUGUGUUAUAUAUUUGAGUAUCAAAUGGUAACUGAUGAUAUCAAGCUCAAGAAACGGAUAGUUAAGUGUUUACUUAGGAUUUUAUUUUUCCAAUAUUCUGUAAGCCUUGUUAAGGGGCUCAUUAUUGUUAUUUAGUUCUUGGUAUAAGCAACGCAUGAUGCAAAUGAUUGGUUAGGUUUGCAGAGUGGAAAGCUCUCAUCUAUGACAACUGUUGUCUGGAUAGCAAAACGUAAGCAUGUCUGGUUCAUGCUUAUAGUUGAGGUCAGCCAUAAAACUUGUAGAACUCGGUAUGUGGUAUGUGUCUACCAUGGUCAAUGUUGUUUGGAUUAGCUUAAAAAAAAUGCUUGUUCAUGUUUUGACAGGUGUCAGCCAUUGAUGAAGUCUCUUUGGAUCAGUAAUUUUUGUUCUGUUGUCCUUGCAUAGCCAGUUCUCGGACAAAAAAACAGCUAUGCUUUUAUAUGUUCCACAUACCUGAAAUUGCUUAUGGGCAUCAAAAACUUGGUUCUGUUACCUCUGUCUUAAGGCAUGAAAGAGCCUUAGGCUGCAAAUUGUGAGUUUUGAUUGAAGUUUUGUCAUAUUCAUAAUCCUGUAUACCUAGGUGAGGAAGAAACAGGGAAGAAACGGAUUAAAGUGCAUAAGAAUUAUGGAGUGUAACAAAGACGAGGCAUUCAGGGCAAAGGAAAUUGCUGAAAGGAAGGUUAAAGAAAAGGACUAUGCUGGAGCUAAAAAGUUUGCUUUGAAGGCUCAAAAUUUGUAUCCUGGACUUGAUGGUAUUGGCCAGAUGUUGAUAACACUUGAUGUGUAUAUUUCUGCAGAGAAUCAAGUGAGUGGGGAGGCAGAUUGGUAUGGUGUGCUUGGUGUGAACCCAUCGGAUGAUGAUGAGGUUGUGAGAAAACAAUACAGAAAGCUGGCUCUGAUGCUUCACCCUGAUAAAAACAAGUCGGUAGGUGCAGAUGGUGCUUUUAAGGUUGUUUCUGAGGCCUGGAGCUUGUUAUCAGAUAAGAAUAAGAGAUUGGAGUAUAACAAGAAGAUAAAUUUUAGGGGAACACAGCAGAAAUAUCCUACACAAAGUGGGGUUUCAUCAAUGCCACCCAGGGCAAACAGCUCUCACAGUUCUAGUUCUAGCCUAACAUCAAAUGCUAGGACUCAGAACAGUAAUAGCCGAGUAGGUCAAACCUCAUUUACUUCUCCUAAUAAAAAACCUGCUACCUUUUGGACUGUUUGCAAUAGAUGCAAGACACAGUAUGAAUACCUCAGGAUUUAUCUGAAUCACACACUUCUAUGCCCUAAUUGUCAUGAGGCCUUUUUGGCUUUAGAAAAGGCGCCACCUCCAAAUGUUUACAGGUCAUCAAAUUGGUCUGGCCAACAGCAGGCUUCAGGGCAUCAUGCUGCAAAUAAUAAUCCAUUUAACUAUGGAACAAAUUCUUCUAGUUCUCAAAAUUCAGAACAUGAACAAUUGGCUGGUCAUGGUUCAUCUAAUAAUACAAGCUUCCAGUGGGGUUCUUUCUCUAAGGCAGCUGGUGUUAGUAGCACUGUUCCACCACCCUGCACCAGUGCUGAAGCUGCAAGUGUUGUUCGGAGGGCACAAGAGAGAGUGAAAAGGGAGCGUGAAGAAGCUCUUAAAGCGGAGAGACUCCUGAAAAAGAGAAAAGAUGAUAUUCGUGUUAAUGGUUUUGUUGGUAACAUGGCAACUCAAACAACAAUGGGAAAUGGACCCGGCUUGGGGAACACAUUUGAAGCUAGGGGUGUUUAUGAAAUAGGAAGUAUCUCUGGUAACCAUAACAAGCCCAUCAGUGAGAGAGAAUUAUCAUUGAUUGAAAUUCGAAACAUGCUGAUGCACAAGGCUCUGAGUGUGAUUUGUAAAAAGCUUAAGGAGUGGAGCUCAGUGACUGAAAAAAAAAAUGCUGACAAAGUUAAAGAGAAGGUCAGAGAGAAAGAAAAUAGGAAACAGAGGAGCAUGGCAAAUGGAGAUGGACGUGAUGCCAAUAAAGAAUUUCAGAGCAAGCUGUCUCUUCCUGCCUUUUCUGAUGACUUAGAUACGGGGAUUGCACCUAUAACAAUAAACGUUCCAGAUCCUGAUUUUCACAAUUUUGACUUGAAUCGAAGUGAAAGUUCAUUUGAAGAUGACCAGGUCUGGGCUGCAUACGACGAUGAUGAUGGGAUGCCCCGUUUCUAUGCUCGAAUUCACAAGGUGAUCUCCUUGAAGCCUUUUAAGAUGAAAAUUAGUUGGCUUAAUUCAAGAAGCAACAGCGAAUUUGGUUUGCUAGACUGGAUAGGCUCCGGUUUCUCCAAAACUUGUGGGGAGUUCAGAAGUGGCAGACAUGAAAUUAGUGAAACAUUAAAUUCUUUCUCCCACAAGGUUCAGUGGACAAAAGGCACUCGUGGAGUAAUUAGAAUAUUUCCUAGGAAGGGGGAUGUCUGGGCUCUUUACAGGAACUGGUCUCCUGAUUGGAAUGAACAUACGCCAGAUGAAGUUAUACACAAAUAUGACAUGGUGGAAGUGCUUGAUGAUUAUAAUGAGGAACAAGGAGUCUCUGUGGUCCCUCUAAUUAAGGUUAAUGGUUUUAGGACAGUUUUUCGUAAGCAUGUGGACCCCAAGGAAGUCAGGAAGAUUCUGAAAGAGGAGAUGUUUCGCUUUUCGCAUCAGGUGCCUAAUUACUUGCUUACAGGCCACGAAGCUCCUAAUGCUCCAAUGGGAUGUCGUGAGUUAGACCCAGCAGCCACCCCUUUAGAGCUACUUCAGGUAAUUAAUGAAGCCAGUGAAGCACCUGUGGAAGAUGAUUCUUGGAAAACUGAUAAAGAGACGCUAAAGAGUGCAAGAGAAGGUGAGGCAGAUGGACGGGAGGAGAGAAUUGAUCAAAAGCCCAGGAAGGAUAGUUUGUAGAGAAUAGCAAACAAGCUAAGGAUGAUUAACUGAUGGUGCUUGCCAAGAGAACCAUAAGAUGCUGAUGUGUAGAUGAUGCUGAAAAGGCUUAACAUAUUGAAUAUGGAGACUGCUGACUACACCAACAUGGUGAGUUUUGAUUUUGUAAGCUUGGUCCACACUGUAGAAAUUGCUUUUUUCUUUUGUUGUGCCAUGGUUGGAUCCAAGUGCGGUCCAUGUUUUUUUUUUUUUUUUUUUCUUUUAUAGUAAAGCUUAAUUUAAAAACUCAUGCUUGAUUAUACUCGAAAUUUAAAAGGAGUUGCUUCUGGAACUGUAUUCUUGAUGUUUGCAUAAGCGUUUUGGGUAUAUAUGUUGUCCUUGUGUGCGCAACCUUACUUUUGCCACACGCUCUGAGGGUCAAGUUGGAAAUGCAUACGAGCAU